GAGGGAAUCUUCUCCUUAGUUCUGGUUUUGUACCUACUUGCUAAUUUCUGACAUGUCCUGUUGAAGGUCUGAACAUAGACUGGACUUUGACAUACUUUUCAUGAAAGAGGUUUCCAAGUAGUUGUCUUAUAAUAACUUUGAGAAGAAGUUCUAUGUAGCUCUUACUUUCAAGAGUGCUGCAAAAAUGAUUACUUCAGAUUUGCCAGUACUACAGGAUUCUACAAAUGAAACUACUGCACAUUCAGAUGCUGGCAGUGAGCUUGAAGAAGCAGAAGUCAAAGGAAAAAGAAAAAGGGGCCGUCCUGGCAGGCCUCCAUCUGCCACUAAGAAACCUCGGAAGUCUCCAGCAGACAAAGGUCGUUCUGAAUCUGGAGCUAGAGGAGCAAGUCGUGGAAGAGCUAAUGGCCACCCUCAGCAGAAUGGAGAAGGGGACCCUGUCACUUUGUUUGAGGUGGUUAAGCUGGGAAAGAGUGCUAUGCAGUCUGUGGUGGACGACUGGAUUGAAUCAUAUAAACAAGACAGGGACAUAGCACUUCUGGAUUUAAUCAACUUCUUUAUCCAGUGUUCAGGAUGUCGAGGUACUGUAAGAAUUGAAAUGUUCAGGAACAUGCAAAAUGCAGAAAUCAUAAGGAAAAUGACAGAAGAAUUUGAUGAGGACAGUGGUGAUUAUCCACUUACGAUGCCUGGGCCACAGUGGAAGAAGUUUCGAUCCAACUUCUGCGAGUUCAUUGGAGUGCUCAUUCGACAGUGUCAGUAUAGCAUCAUUUAUGAUGAAUACAUGAUGGACACAGUGAUCUCUCUUCUGACUGGUUUGUCAGAUUCCCAGGUCCGAGCUUUCAGGCACACCAGUACAUUAGCUGCUAUGAAGCUUAUGACUGCUCUUGUGAAUGUUGCCUUAAACCUGAGCAUUCAUCAGGAUAAUACACAGAGGCAGUACGAAGCUGAGAGAAACAAAAUGAUUGGCAAAAGAGCUAAUGAAAGAUUGGAACUGCUGCUUCAGAAAAGAAAAGAGCUACAAGAAAACCAAGAUGAAAUUGAAAAUAUGAUGAACUCUAUUUUUAAGGGUAUAUUUGUUCAUAGAUACCGUGAUGCUAUUGCUGAGAUUAGAGCUGUCUGUAUUGAAGAAAUUGGUGUCUGGAUGAAAAUGUACAGUGAUGCCUUCCUGAAUGAUAGUUAUUUAAAAUAUGUUGGUUGGACACUACAUGACAGGCAAGGUGAAGUGAGGUUGAAGUGUUUGAAAGCUCUUCAGAGUCUGUAUACCAACAGAGAGUUAUUUCCAAAACUGGAGCUGUUCACUAAUAGAUUCAAGGAUCGCAUUGUAUCAAUGACACUGGAUAAGGAAUAUGAUGUUGCUGUGGAAGCCAUUCGAUUAGUCACGCUAAUACUUCAUGGAAGCGAAGAAGCUCUGUCAAAUGAAGACUGUGAGAAUGUGUAUCACUUGGUGUAUUCAGCACACCGGCCUGUUGCAGUAGCAGCUGGAGAAUUCCUUCACAAAAAACUGUUCAGCAGACAUGAUCCCCAAGCUGAAGAGGCUCUAGCAAAGAGGAGGGGGCGAAAUAGUCCAAAUGGAAACCUUAUUAGAAUGUUGGUUCUUUUCUUUCUUGAAAGUGAGUUGCAUGAACAUGCAGCCUAUUUGGUGGACAGUUUAUGGGAGAGCUCUCAAGAACUGUUAAAAGACUGGGAAUGUAUGACAGAAUUGCUCUUGGAGGAACCAGUCCAAGGAGAAGAAGCAAUGUCUGACCGGCAGGAGAGUGCUCUUAUUGAGUUGAUGGUGUGUACAAUCAGACAAGCUGCUGAAGCACAUCCUCCAGUAGGCAGAGGCACUGGCAAGAGAGUCUUGACAGCAAAAGAAAGAAAAACUCAGAUAGAUGACAGAAAUAAAUUAACUGAGCAUUUCAUUAUUGCGCUUCCUAUGUUGCUGUCAAAGUAUUCUGCUGAUGCCGAGAAGGUUGCAAAUCUCCUGCAAAUCCCACAGUAUUUUGAUCUGGAAAUCUAUAGCACGGGCAGAAUGGAAAAGCAUCUGGAUGCCUUACUGAAACAGAUUAAGUUUGUUGUGGAAAAGCAUGUGGAAUCAGAUGUUCUCGAAGCCUGCAGCAAAACCUACAGCAUACUCUGUAGUGAAGAAUAUACAAUCCAGAACAGAGUUGACAUAGCCCACAGCCAACUUAUUGAUGAAUUUGUGGAUCGAUUCAACCAUUCUGUAGAGGAUCUGCUGCAGGAGGGAGAAGAAGCUGAUGAUGAUGACAUAUACAAUGUGCUCUCCACAUUAAAGAGGUUAACCUCUUUUCACAAUGCGCAUGAUCUCACAAAAUGGGAUCUGUUCAGUAACUGCUACAGAUUACUAAGAACUGGAAUUGAACAUGGAGCUAUGCCAGAACAGAUAGUUGUUCAGGCACUGCAGUGUUCCCACUACUCUAUUCUCUGGCAGCUGGUGAAAAUCACUGAAGGCUCCCCUUCCAAAGAGGACUUGUUGGUAUUGAGGAAAACUGUGAAAUCCUUUCUGGCUGUCUGCCAGCAGUGUCUGUCAAAUGUCAACACUCCAGUCAAAGAACAGGCUUUCAUGCUGCUUUGUGAUCUCUUGAUGAUUUUCAGUCAUCAGCUGAUGACUGGGGGUCGAGAAGGUCUUCAGCCUUUGGUGUUUAAUCCAGAUUCAGGCCUCCAGUCAGAACUUCUCAGUUUUGUGAUGGACCAUGUCUUUAUUGACCAAGAUGAUGAAAACCAGAGCAUGGAGGGAGAUGAAGAAGAUGAAGCUAACAAAAUAGAAGCUUUACAUAAGAGAAGAAACCUUUUGGCUGCCUUUAGCAAGCUGAUAAUUUAUGACAUUGUGGACAUGCAUGCAGCAGCAGAUAUCUUCAAACACUAUAUGAAGUACUACAAUGACUAUGGAGAUAUCAUUAAGGAAACCCUGAGCAAAACAAGGCAAAUUGAUAAAAUCCAGUGUGCAAAGACACUCAUUCUCAGUUUGCAACAGCUGUUUAAUGAGCUUGUUCAGGAGCAAGGUCCCAAUUUGGACAGGACAUCUGCCCAUGUUAGUGGAAUUAAGGAACUGGCCCGUCGGUUUGCCCUCACUUUUGGCUUGGAUCAGAUCAAGACAAGAGAGGCUGUGGCCACACUACACAAAGAUGGCAUAGAGUUUGCCUUCAAAUAUCAGAAUCAAAAAGGACAAGACUAUCCACCUCCUAACCUUGCUUUCCUUGAAGUGCUUAGUGAAUUUUCUUCUAAACUCCUGCGACAGGACAAAAAGACUGUUCACUCCUACUUAGAGAAGUUUCUGACAGAACAGAUGAUGGAAAGAAGAGAAGAUGUAUGGCUUCCACUCAUUUCCUAUAGAAACUCACUAGUUACGGGUGGUGAAGACGACAGAAUGUCUGUUAACAGUGGAAGCAGCAGCAGCAAAGCCUCUUCAGUGAGGAAUAAGAAAGGACGACCACCACUCCACAAAAAGAGAGUUGAAGAUGAGAGUCUAGAAGGCUCAUGGCUGAGCAGGAAUGAAAACAUACAUACUCCAGGGACACUGCAAGCACCGCAGCUCACCUCAACUGUCUUGAGGGAGAACACUAGACAAAUGGGAGAGCAGAUCCAGGAGCACGAGUCGGAGCAGGGAUCUGAACAAGAUUUUUUACACAAUCCCCAGAUGCAGAUAUCUUGGUUGGGCCAACAGAAGCUAGAAGAUUUAAAUCGAAAGGACAGGACAGGAAUGAACUACAUGAAAGGGAGAACUGGCGUAAGGCAUGCAGUACGAGGUCUAAUGGAAGAUGACGCUGAGCCUAUCUUUGAAGAUGUAAUGAUGUCCUCACGAGGUCAGCUAGAGGAUAUGAACGAAGAAUUUGAGGACACAAUGGUCAUUGAUCUGCCACCUUCAAGAAACCGUCGAGAACGGGCUGAACUGAGGCCAGACUUCUUUGACUCCGCAGCUAUCAUUGAGGAUGAUUCAGGAUUUGGAAUGCCUAUGUUCUGAAGUCUGGUGAAGACAUUUUACAAAUUUGGAACUCUAUUGUUUAGAGCUAGAGGCCUAUAUACUGUGAUAGCUUGUAUGAAAACCACAUUUUUGAUGUGAUACGGUUUGAUUUUUAACCAAAUGAUUGAGGUCAAUCCCUUUUUGUAGUGACAGAAAGAAGAGGAACUUCUUAAUGACACAAAGGAAUGUUGGCCAAUCCAGUCACCUCAGAAGGGCUGACCUAAAAAAUCAUUUGUAUCCCUGUUCUUGACUGUCCUAAUACAGAUUUUUUUUUUUUUUUUCCUGGAUGAGGAAGAAGUUUUAAAUUGUUAAGACAGCUGUCGGAAUAAACACUGUUCUACAUAUGUUUUCUGAAAACAACAUUGAGUGAAAACAGAACUUUUUAACUUUAUUUUUCUGCUGUACAAUUUAAAACAGUUUUAACAUUUGCCUUUUUAUGUUUUAAAAGCUAGCCAUUUUUAUUAAACCUAUGCCUAUCAGCCAUUGACUAGCAAUGAUGCUAUAAGCAGGUCAUUCUGGCUACAGAAAAGUGUUUUUGAACACACUGGAUUUGAUUAACAUUAUGGUACGCUUAUAUCCUCUCAUAGGCAUUGAGAAGAACACUCUUAUAGAAGAGGUUAGAAUUCUAAUGAUGUGCAUCUCUGCCAAAAAAUUUCAGAUUCUGAUAUGAUAAACCCAGAUUUUAUACUCUUGAGAAGAUUUAUUUUUAUUUAUAAUGGGACAUAAAGUAAGAGAUGUCCAUGAAGCCACUUUUCCAACAGAUGCUGUGUAACAUUCAUUUUAUAUAGCACAUGGGGACACAAAAACAGUAAAUUUUCUAUUGGUACUUGCUCUGUGCAUUUUUAGCAACUUAUACCAGCAAAUAAAGUAUUCUCAGUAAAACACACAAAUGGUUCUCAAGUAAUCACUUUGCUGUUUUUACUACCUACUUCAAGCCCUGCCAACCCAAGGUACAUAAACAGCAACUUUCCUAUUAAAAAAAAAUAAUUCAAGGGUGGGGGAAAGGAAUCACUUUAGCAUACUAAAAGCAAUUUUAACUGUACCAUAAAAAAAAGUCUACUUUCCAUGCCGUAAAUACCCUUUAGCGCUAUUUUUGUAAAUUAAUUUUGCCAGUUAGAAGUACUGUAUGUGCUGCAUAGAAAUUUGUGCUUAGAUGGUGAAGUUCUUAAGCUUACAAUGGAAUACAGCUACAUUUUCAGUGUUAACUGUGCAUAUUAAGAGUAAUUCUUUGGGAAAAAAAAAUACGAUUUUUCAAAAAAGUUAAAAAAGUCAAAAAAAACCCAAACCCCCAAAGCAUUCUCAGCUAAUUCAUUGUAAUAAGAGAUUUUUCAAUGUCUUCAAUAAUUUGGAAUUUCAUUACGCUUCGAUUUUAUGACUCUGCCUAGUAGCUGCUACUUAGUUAAGACUGGCCUAAUAUUGGAGGUGCUGGCCAUCCACAACUUGCACUGACUCUACUAUCUCUUAAGAAUCAGCCCCAAAAUGUUAAUCUUCCUUUCUGCAUUCUAAUAUUAGCAUUCGAGAUGAGAUACAAAGCAGAUUGACCCACUUGGAGCACAGCCAUUUUAGAGGUGCUUUUUUUUUAGCAACUGCAAAAUAAUCACGGAGCUUUUUUCUGUUAUGAGCUUAUUGAAAA